GCCGGCCAGACUGGGGCGGGCACCGGCGGGACGGCGGGCACGGCCGGCCCCGAGCCCGACGUGGUGGAGGUGGAGCCUUCCUCCAAGGCGAGGAGUAUGAAGUGGUCGGAGGGGCGGCUGGUGGUGCUCUACGCGGGCCCAUGCACGCUACUCGCGCGCUCCGCCACCAGAGAGGGGGCGACGCUCGACGGCGAGAAGCUCUCAAGCAUGUUUGACAUAAAGGGCGGCUGCAGCCUCUCGCUGUACGCGCUACGCUUUGUGAACGGGCGUUCUGAACGUUACGGCGGCGCAGUGAAGGUGUACAACGCUGGCAAUAUUGCGAUGCAGGACGUGUCAUUCACUGAUUGCGAGUCCGGAAUGUAUGGCGGCGCAGUGUACGUUCGGAAGACCCGUGGCGACAUCUCGCUGGUCGGCGUCACCUUCAGAUCUUGCAAGGCUCGCCAAGGCGGAGCUGUGCUGGUUCUUGAAAGUGGCGCAACCUCGAUGGACGGAGCCACUUUCAUUGCCUGCACCGCUGACUUG